CAACCUCUGUGAACAACUUGCGUCCUUGUCUAUCGUCGGGAUCAACCAAAAGUGGCGAAAGAGAUCUGAAAGAGCCCAUAUCAGUACUGUUAGCUUCUUUUCAUUGAACUGACAGGGAGAAGAAAAGCGCUAGAAGCUAAGACGAAUAAAUCAACGACAAUGACCAAUUUUUCCUAUAUUUUCUGGGGUUUUUUAACCCUCUGCGCUUCUGUCACCUUUCGCUCCAGCGAUUACUACAAAAACUGUUCUGAAGGCAAAGGACUGACCAUCAACGAGGAUAAUGGCAUCAGUGAUACAGCUAAAAAGGCACACACUAAGCUCCUUAAAAAAUACAUGUUUGUGUACCUGUUGGCAACGCUCAGCGAUUGGCUCCAGGGACCCUACGUCUACGCCCUCUAUUCGGACUACGGGUUUGAGCAACAUGAGAUUGCCCAGCUCUUUGUUGCUGGCUUUGGAUCUUCCAUGAUUUUUGGAUCCUUCGUCGGCGGUCUUGCCGAUCAGGGUGGACGGCGUCUCUUUGUUAUUCUCUUUGCCGUCGUGUAUUUGGCGAGCUGUCUGACGAAACGUGAGUACAAACUUUUGCUCGAUUGGCAUUGACUAGUAAGAAUCAAAGUUCGCAUUGCAAUGACGAAGCGAUGAGCGUCCAACGUCCAGUAUUUCCUUUAUGUUUCUCAAACGUCUUUUUUACCUUCCUGUCAAUGGUUGUACCCGAACUCUAGACUUCAAGAGCUACAGCGUGCUCAUGGUUGGGCGGCUGCUUGGAGGUGUUUCUACAUCUCUUUUAUUCAGCGUAUUCGAGGCCUGGCUCAUCAAAGCUCACGCCGAUGCUGAUCUCCCCAAGCAGUGCCUACCGAAAUCCUUUUCGUGGGCCGCCUUCGGAAAUUCUGCCGUUGCCAUCAUGGCCGGUGUUGUUGCCAAUCACAUUGCCUCGUCAUCUCCGAUGGUCCCGGUGUCCGGUAACAUCUACAUGGGCGGAUAUCUGAAUCCCUUUGAUCUAGCGAUUGUAGCUCUCGUUUUGUGCGCGAGUGGGGCCUACCUUCUUUGGGAGGAGAACUACGGCAGCAGCUCGUCCGAGGGAACCCAACAUGGAGGCGAAUCGGAAACCAACGAAAAGAAGGCGGGGAAUGCAGCCUGGUACGCCGGACUCAAAAACGCUUUGACGGCGGCCCUGCACAAUCGGGAUAUCUUUUUGUGCGGUAUAAUUUCAUCUCUCUUCGAAGGGUCCAUGUACAUUUUUGUAUUUAUGUGGACGCCACUUCUAAAAGCGCUCGAAGAAGACAGCAAUCUGCCCUUUGGCUUGAUCUUUGCCACCUUUAUGGUGUGCUGUAUGACUGGAUCCUCCCUAUUUUCGAUCGUGGUGGAGAAAUACCCAGUCGAAAAGCUCGGGAUCGUCGUGUUCGGUGUUGGUGCCAUUGCCAUGUCGAUUGUGGCGCUUGAAGUCAGUGAAACUGUCUCCUUUUUAGGAAUGAACCUCUUUGAAAUGUGUGUCGGCAUGUACUUUCCCAUUAUGGGAACCAUGAAGGGAGGCAUCGUUCCGGAAGACAAGAGGGCUGCUAUUUACAACCUAUACCGAAUCCCUCUUAACUUCAUCGUCUUGUUUUCACUCCUGACGGAUUUGACCCCACGCACCUCAUUCACGCUGAAUGCAACUAUGCUGGUGACGGCAACCGUUUUACAAGCGAUCUUGUCCAAGCGACGCCUCGAGAGCAGAGGAUGGUCCGAGUCGGUCUCAAAACAGGAUGUCGAGCCCUUAGUGACCUCUGAUCCAGUAUUAGUUGGCGAUUCCGCGGUUUGAUUGGAAUUGGUCCAAUAGACACGAAACUGCUGAAAGGAAUAUUCAAACAUCAAAACGGAAAGCCAUCAUCGACCGCCCCAUUGAUACAAAUGAAUCAGAUAGACACUCAGACACAUAUUUCUGCGUACAUACAAUCAGAUAAUACUAGGCGCGCCUACACACACACACACACGCAUUCACGCAGGUACAAACACAGAAGAUUGUACUAAUCGAGUUCUGGUGUCCGCUUCCUUUGUUCACGUGAGUUUUCUCAAUAAUGAUGUAGUUAUAAACUUUCUCAUUCAUCUGAAGACAAAAUUUCUAAAACAAAGAACUUGAAGUUUUAUCUUUGAUGCUCAUCAGGGUUGAAAUAGCGUUUCAAAUUACACAA